AGGAAACCACAACAUAUUUUUUGAAUAGAUUUUAUAGUUGAUACAAAGAGCAAGACAAAAUGGCCAUCACAAAAACUUCAAUGACUCUUUUACUCUUAAUAAUAAUGGCUGCUUCGUUGUCCAAUUGUAACGUCUUGGCUUCAGCUAACAUGAUUCCAAGAAACCCUCCGGCGCGGCAACAGCUCUACCAACCGUUCCGGCCACCGUCAUCUCCGAUUCCAACCAAAUUCCGUUCACUCGACUCCGCCGGUAAAAUCGAAGUCCUCGCCGGUCGAAUGGCUCUCUGGUUCGAAUACGCUCCUCUUAUCUCUUCUCUCUACACCGAUGGUUUCACUCCUCCCUCCAUCGAAGAGCUCACCGGAAUCUCAAGCAUUGAACAGAACCGUUUAAUCGUCGGUGCGCAAGUUCGUGACUCAAUUCUUCAAUCUAUCCAUGAACCGGAGCUCAUUGCGGCGUUCGACACCGGUGGUGCAGAGCUUCUAUACGAAAUCCGUCUCCUUAGCACCACGCAGCGCGUUGCAGCCGCCACAUUCAUCAUUGAUCGUAAGAUUGAUUCGAAAGGCGCACAGGAUUUGGCGCGAGCCAUCAAGGAUUAUCCUAACCGGCGUGGUGACGUUGGAUGGUUGGAUUUUGAUUACAAUCUACCAGGAGAUUGUCUUUCGUUCUUGUAUUACAGGCAGAGCAGAGAGAACAAGAAUCCAUCGGAACAGAGAACCUCGAUGCUUCUACAAGCAUUGGGGGUUGCAGAAUCAGAAAAGGCCAAGAACAAGUUGAACAAAGAGCUAUACGGGGAGAAGGAAGAAGAGAAGGAGAAGGAGAAGAAGAAGAAGGAAGAGGAAGUCAAAGCUAUUCGGAUUCCGGUGGUGAGGCUUAAGUUCGGAGAAGUAGCAGGAGCGAGCUCCGUUGUGGUUUUGCCGGUUUGUAAAGCAGAGGAAGGGGAAAAGAAGAUUCUUGAAGCUCCAAUGGAGAUCAUAGCCGGAGGGGAUUUCAAGGUGGUUGAGGCGGAGAAAGGAUGGAAGAGAUGGGUAGUUCUUCCGGGGUGGAACCCAGUGGCGGCCAUUGGGAAAGGCGGUGUGGCGGUUUCUUUCAGGGAUGAUAGAAAAUUACUGCCUUGGGACGGAAAAGAGGAGCCUUUACUGGUAGUGACCGAUAGGGUGAGGAAUGUCGUGGAGGCCGAUGACGGGUAUUACCUCGUUGUGGCUGAGAACGGACUUAAGCUAGAGAAAGGAUCAGAGUUGAAGGCGAGAGAGGUGAAGGAGAGUUUAGGGAUGGUUGUUUUGGUGGUGAGGCCGCCAAGAGAAGAUGAUGAAGAUUGGCAGACAAGUCAUCAAAACUGGGACUGAAAUAUAGAAUCAAUACCCAUAUCCUGU